AUCAGUAGUGCGUUUCUGUAACCUUGCGAUACACCCAAUAUCGUAAAAUAUAACGCUUUUUCACUUUUAUCGCAAGCGAGUGUUUCUGUAACUGUGGUGAGAAAAAUAUUGCGAUAAAUGAUGCGAUAAAUAUAUCACUGGCUGUAAGUCAAGUGAAGUUUGGUUUUCGAAGCGAAAAGCGUCCAAUAUGAGCGAGAAAAAAGUACGGACGGGAAAAAUAACAAAACAACAAAAAUCCAAACUGUUGGAACUAAUGAGGGCUAACACCCGUGUAGCCAGUGGCCAAUUUGUGGGCGUCAGUGGCGCAAAAAAUUCCCAACAAGUGUGGGACACGGUGAGGGGGGAGCUAAAUGCAUGCGGGGGUGCAUGCAAGACCGCUGAACAGUGGAAGAAGUGUUGGUCGGACUGGAAGGUUGCAGUGAAGAAGCAACAAAGUGCCUACAACAGAUUCAAAAAUUUGACCGGCAACCGUCCUGCCAGUGAAGGACCGAAACCAUGUGAAGGUUUGGAUGCGGAGGUAUUGGAGUUAUUUCCAGCAGCAGUCCUUGAUGGAGAUGGUAAAACAAUUGAAGCCGGAGUCCAUGAGGAGAACGUGGAUGAGACACUCGAAGACGAGUACUUGGCUGAAUAUCUCAUCGAAGACGAAAUGCCAAGUACGUCUAAG